CAUUAAAUGUAUUUUACUUUAUUGGUGAAACCCAGGUAGAGCUCAGGGCUGUGGUGGUGGAAGUUAACACUUUAGCUUGCUGACUGGGAAAGAAAGGACAUACAGCUAAAAAGUAAGGCAAGCAAGGUUUCUGAAUUGUUGCUUUGUGGAUCACAAGGUCUGUACCACCAAAGGAACAGAAUAAGUGAUAUUGAUGCUUAGAAGAUUCUCCCAUCAGCUUUGAAUCCAAUAAAGGUGUAAGAGCUGUAGAGUCUGGCUGGAAAUGUUACACUGCUGUUGGUUGCUCUUGAGUUAUUUGUUGGUGUCUUACCAGCAUGGUGGUGGAUUUAUGCUGCACUGGAUUCAGAGGCAGCUGAACUCACUCAGUGUGAAGCAGGCUGCAUUAUUAAGGGGCUGGCAGCAUGUAUGUCACUUUGGAAAACUGUCAGCUUGGGAUUGGGGUCUCCUUAGUCAGGGGCAUCUUGGGCAUUUCUUUUCUCUGCUGUACUUUAAUAUAAAUUUACCUAUAAUUUAAAUAAUUGAUGAUUUGGCUUUAUUCAGGUUACUUUCCUCCCCCUCCAUUACGUUGAAUAAGCCAGAGUUGACUGUAAUCCUCCACUGUUAUCAAUUCUUGAAAUCAGUAUAGCCUGAGGGAAUUACAUAUUGUAGUUUGGUUGUUGCCAUAUUCAUUGUAUUGAUUGUUAAUUUUCUUAGGGCUGUGUUUGCUGAGUUCUUCUUUCACACUUUGUACACUGAUAGGGAAGUGAAGAGGUGCUUGCCUGAGUGGAGUGUCUGAUGUGUCUAGGCCUUCUGACUAGGUUUGUCUAGACAGAUUAUAGUCAUACUAAAGAAAAUGUCUGAAUCUGAAAAGCUGAUUUUUGCUUAGUGAGACUGCUACCUAAGCAUGAUAGGGCUUGAAAUUUUCAUUAAAUCAGCUGAAAAGGGCACUUCAAAGAACCAUUCUUGCACUCCACAAUGGCUGGGAAGUAACCCCGCCAUAUGGAAAUACCACCUGAGGAUCAAGAUUUUAGCGGCUCUGGAAAAAUCUGAUCUUCUAUCUAUUUCUUUUUCCCCACUGCUCCAACCCUGGGAGGAGAGUAGACUGAAGCCAGGAUCACCACAGCAGUGCUUUUCUUAGAUAGGUAUGUCUCUUGUGGUGUAUAAAUUACAGCAGAAACAGUCUGCGGAGUACUGUAUGUAACUACUAUGAAGAAGUAAAGCUGGGGAGCCCAUGGCUGGAAGGGCUUAAGAAUGACAGGGUUAAUAUGGGAGGUCUGAAGGACAUGGAUCAUGUUGCCUUUGAGAUCAUACUUUUAAAAUGAAGUGACAAAGAGUUGAUACGUGUGGAGACUGAACAGCCACUGCUUUAGUUAAGUCAGGCCGAAGAAUGAUUAAAGAGAACAAACUAAGAACAGCUUGUUAGGUAGGGGUCCCUAAAUGUGAAGCAGGGAAGGACUGAUGCACAUACAACUGGAUUACUGGGAGAGAGGAGAGAUACGUGUUGGAGGAAUGCCUUUGACUGUUAUUUUUGCUAAAAGGAACCUUUGGUUCAUGAUUUCUCUUGUAACGGCCGGUAACGUUUUGUAUCAGAAAGAAAUAUUUUGCAUAUGUAUUUAUUCUGGUUUUGUACUUAAAUUGUAAUAAAUAUUAUUAAUCUGUUCAUUGCUAAUUACAGUCUAGAUACAGUUGUGGCCAUUUCAGAAAUAAGUAGCAUAAUUACUCAGAAUGUUUAUGGCAGGCAUUAGUUAAUAUUUAGAUGAACUAUUGUUACUACAUGACUGGUACUGCAGUGUGUAACAAUAUUUAUCUGUUGAAAAAUGUUAUUGCCUUGAGACCAAUACUUCUGUAUACUGAAGAGCACAUUCUGAAGCUGAAGUCAAGAAGAGUUCUGGUGCUGACCUCAGAGGAGCCAGGAUGGGACUGGGAUCAUGUGCAAGCAAUGCAAGAAAGAAAAGCUCUUUAUACUUUACUGGCAAAACAGCAGGAAGAUCUCCCUCCUAGGAGGAUGAAGGAUAGCUACUUGGAAGUUAUUCUACCUCUAGGAAGUCAACCUGAAAUAAGAGAGAAGUACCUGAAUGUACACAACAGCGUAAGGUUUGGAAGGAUACUUGAAGAUCUUGACAGUUUAGGAGUUCUUAUUUGCUAUACUCACACCAAGCAGGAAAUGCAGCCAAAGUCUCCUUUAUCAAUAGUUACAGCUCUGGUGGAUAAAAUCAAUUUGUGCAAGAGGAUUAUAUAUCCAGAUCGUGACAUCAAAUUCACAGGCAAUGUUUCUUGGGUUGGGAAGACCUCAAUGGAAGUGAAGAUGCACAUGCUGCAGCUACAUGAUGGUGAUUACAGCCCUGUGUUAGAUGCAACCUUUGUCAUGGUGGCCCGGGAUCCAGAGAAUAAAGGGCCAGCAUUUGUUAAUCCACUAGUUCCUGAGAGCCCUGAGGAAGAAAAAAUCUUCAAUCAAGGGGAAUUGAACAAACUGAAGAGGAUUGAUUUCAGCACUGCUUCCUUACUGAAAAUGGCUCCCACUGCAGAAGAAAGAAACAUUAUUCAUGACAUAUUCCUUAAUACGUUGGACACAAGGACAGUAAGUUUCCGGAGUCGUAAAUUACCACCCAAUUCAGUAUGGAUGGAAGAUACAAAGCUAAAAGGGCUACAGAUUUGCCAUCCUCAGGAACGAAACAUCUUCAAUAGGAUCUUUGGAGGUUUUCUCAUGAGAAAGGCGUUUGAACUGGGAUGGGCAAUUGCUUGCAGCUAUGGGGGUUCCAGACCUUUUAUUGUAUCUGUUGAUGACAUCAUGUUUCAGAGGCCAGUUGAGGUUGGAUCCUUGUUACUGCUCUCUGGACAGGUCUGUUACACAGAAAAAAACUACAUCCAGGUUCGAGUACACACUGAGGUUUAUGAUGCAGACACCAGGGAUCACCACACAACCAAUAUCUUCCAUUUUACAUUUAUAUCAGAAAAUGAGGUCCCACGGGUUGUCCCCAAAACAUACGGAGGCAAGUAUGCAAUUAAUGCUUUGUUGUCAUAACUCUGUAGAAAAGAUGACUUUCUGUUGGAACACUGGUCAUUCUAAUAACUGAACUAAUGGCAUUUGAAUAAUUUAACAGGGUUUAAUGGCAAACCAAGUUUAUUUUAUGCUUUCAUGACCAUGUGGAUUGCUUCUUAAUCUUACCAAUUACGCAGUUGCGCAGUACUGACACUGGGGUACUAAUGUGGUUCUCUUUUGUCUGCCUUAUUUCAGAGUCCAUGUUGUAUUUAGAUGGGAAGCGACACUUUGCUGCUGUAAUGAAAGAAAUCUGACAGGCACUGGAUAAGCAGUAUAGCACCAUGCUGUCUUGGAAAGAGUUGUCACCAGAGAUGGCUAACAGACAGGUGCUUGCAGUACCCCCCAAAAAUGAAACCAAAUCCACUCCAAACCAAAACCCACAAACCUGAACCCCACAACAGAAAACACCUUUUAAAUGCUAUUUAUGUAUUUGCAUAUAUUUGGAUUUUUUAUUCUUUGCUACUAGGGUUUGUUAAAACAUACUUUUACAUGCUAAUGCUAGGAAAAAAGGCUGAAAAAAAUACAGUACUAAGCUUCA